AUGUAUUUUUUGCCGAUUACACUUGUCGUAUCUUGUAUCGCUCGAAUCUAUUUAUGGCGGUCGUCAGUCGACAUUCAAAGUCGACGGUCGUAUGCCUGCUUCGAUUAUAAAUACGUUGUAUAUACACAUUAUGUUAUAUGGUUCAAAUCUAAUUCUGGCAGUCGUUGCUCGACAUUCAAAGGCGACAGUCGUGUACCUGUUCCGAUUAUAUCGUUCGCAGGCUGCAGUGGAAGAUGUAAAGCGUGUACGGUUGAAAGUACGAUGGGAUUUCCGCUUUCUAGAAAAUGCAGACGGAGUUCCACAAUGAUGGGUCGUUUCAUGUUCACCGCUCAUUGUUUUCGUCGUACCACGAGGGACUGCUUUUAUGUCAAUACUUCAAAGUGCUAUAACCUACGUGGGGGUAUCAUACGAGGCAAAAGUUACGUGAACCAGACUCGCACCAUCUUCAUUAUCAUCUUCAGGUGUCUCCGUAUGAAAAACCUUUGAGAAAAUCCGGAUGAACUACAGGUAGAAAACAGUGAAAAUGCUGACGGGCCGGGAAGAAUGGGGACCCAACGAGCCAGAUACCUGUGGCCCUUUAGGACAAUAAGUAGCAGUACAAAAGGACGUUUGCUGUAGAAAAUAGGCAGUUACCAUUCUCUGUUGCAGUCGUUACAAAUAAAUUUAUAUAAUAAAUAAAGAUCGCUAUGAUACUGAUGUCUAUAAUAUUAACGAUGAUACAAGAUAUAGGAAGUUUCAAUUUUAUAAGACGAAAUUUUUGUCUCGUCG